UUAUCUUCAGGCUCCUCUAUCAUUUUGUAUGGGUCCAAAGGAUGGACGUUUCCAGAACAGGACGUUAAUUUAACGUUGUCGUACCCCACUUCGGAUACAGAAAUACGGCGAAACAUAGACAACUACGUGAUAACUGGCUACGAAGUUCUCUUGUUCACGGACGGCACGGAGUGCGCGGGCUCCAUAGCAUCGGGAGGGUUAAUAAGGCUACAAAUAAAAAUAGAGAAAGACUACGUUAUAACAGGGUACCUGGUGAUAUUGUUCACGGACGGCUUGCGAGGCGGCGCCUACAUACAAUCUGGAGGGAUACUGCAGGACACCAUAAGCCUGACGUUCAUCAGCGAGGGUAUAACGACCCUUUCAUACCAGUUCUGGCUGUAUGGAGCCCAGCGGAGCAGCAUACCAGCGGAAGAAUACAACUACGUCAUGUGUUAA